UGCUCCGGGCUGGCUCCGGGAGGCGCCAGGCCAGGCCCCCGCAGCAGGCAGCCCGGCCCCGGGAGCAGGACCCCCUCCUCCUGACCCGGGGCCCCCUCUUCCGGCCGCAGCCACCUGGGCUCAUCGUGGGGGACGCGGGCGCGGGUGGCGAGAACGUGGAGGACGCCGUGGGACCACGGCGGCCCUGGCCACCACGGCGCUGCGAGGAUCUUCGAGCGUGGUCCCGGGCCGAUGUCCCAGGUGAGUGGCCAGCGCCCCCCUCACUGCGACGCACCCCAUGAAGCCCCCAGCGCAGCCCCGGGCCCAGCCCAGACCCCAUCCCUCCUGCCUGGGCUGGAGGUAGGGACAGCAUCCACUCGCCCUGUGGAGGCAGCAGUGGAGGAGGGCUCCCUGGAGGAGGCGGCAACCCCCAUGCCCCAAGGCAAUGGCUCUGGGGCACCCCAGGCCCUGGACAGCACUGACCUCGAUGUCCCCACAGAAGCUGUGACAUGCCAGCCUCAGGGGAACCCCUUGGGCUGCACCCCACUACUGGCGAAUGGCUCUGGCCACCCCUCAGAGCUGGGCGGCGCCAGGCAGGCGGGGAAUGGUGCCCUGGGUGGCCCCAAGACCCACCGGAAGUUGCAAGCACACCCAUCUCUUGCCAGCCAGGGCAGCAGGAAAAGCAAGGGCAGCACCAAAUCGGCUGCCUCCCAGAUCCCUCUCCAGGCACAGGAAGACUGCUGCGUGCACUGCAUCCUGUCCUGCCUGUUCUGCGAGUUCCUGACGCUGUGCAACAUUGUCCUGGACUGCGCCACGUGCGGCUCCUGCAGCUCCGAGGACUCGUGCCUCUGCUGCUGCUGCUGCGGCUCCGGCGAGUGUGCCGACUGCGACCUGCCCUGCGACCUGGACUGUGGCAUCCUGGACGCCUGCUGCGAGUCGGCUGACUGCCUGGAGAUCUGCAUGGAGUGCUGCGGGCUCUGCUUCUCCUCCUGACCCGCCGAGAUUCCCACAGGGCCGUCGCACCAAGCUCCAUCAGCCCCUUCCCCUGGUCCUCCGUCCCCCACCCAGUGCCUUUGCAGAAUCCCGGCCCAGUGAGAAGGGGGGCGGGGCGCUCCGGAGGCCGCCUCAGUCACAGAAGCUGGGCCCACUGCAGAGAGCCCGUUCUGCUGCUGGUUACAAGGGACAGACAGCACCGAGGACUUCUCGUCGGGGAGGGCUAGGGUCAGAACCGCUCCUGAACCAGCUGCCUGGGCUGCAGAACACUGUGAAAAUUGGGGGAGGCGGCAGGAACGUGGGGGCGGGGGAGGGAUGGGCGGGGCUGUGCGCUUCUCUACCUCUCACUGCUCCUGGUGCCGCCUCCUGCUGCCGCCCCAGGCUUAGAGAACAGCAAAAUGUGAAAAGAGACACCCCGUCCCCACCCGGUCCUCAGCCAAGCCCCUCCCUGGUCUCCUUUCCCGGGCUCUUGUGGGGGCCUGACCCAUACAGUGACCCGAGCUGGCAGGGCUGGGCUUGGAGCUGGGGCAGAGCGGGAGUGGGAAUGGAAUGGUAGAAAGAAGACUGGAAGGGGAGAGCGAGGGCAUGCAGGGAGGGUCUGUUCUAUUUGUUGCUGUACAUAAAGAUAUUUGUUCAUUUCA